AUGACUCAAUCAAACAAACAGCCAUUGUGCUUUUUCUUCCAAAAGGAGAAAAGAAGAGCGGUUAAGAAAACGUGUCCAGCUCUACGCACAAGUGAUGGGAGGAGAGUGACUGAGCAAGAUGAUAUCUCAAAGGAACAAGUUCGAUUUUAUAAAGAACUUUAUUCAAAAGUGCCAACAGACAAAGUUGCCCAAGAUCGGUUACUCAAUUUACUUGACAGGAAACUAACAAAUGAGCAAUGCGGUUCAUGCGAGGAACAGUUAACAGUGGAUGAAUGUUUGGUAGCAGUAAAGUCUAUGGCAAAUGGCAAAACACCGGGUUCAGACGGUCUACCAAAAGAGUUUUAUUUGUCCUUUUGGGACCUGCUUAAAGGAAGUUAA